GGGACAGGACAUCAAGCACAUGUGCAGUCCAAUGUGGUGUUGACUGUAGCACGAACACGCAAUGGCGGGCCUUCUGUUCGUAGUAUGUGUGCCCACAAGUGAAUACGAAGUUAAUCUGGCGGAAAAUCUAAAAGGAAAAAGUGUUUCUUCAAACAGCACGAACGAAGACUUCAUUCAACAAUUCACAGAUAACAAAUCAGAUUCAUUACAUAGUUUGAGGAAGACAAUUUCGACAACUGACACUCUGUAUGAAACAGAUGACACUAGCAUUUCUUACAUAUCUAAGACGCCAAAAGAAUGUUCCACGGCAACAAUAAACAGUGACGGUAACAAUCAGGAGAGAAGCAAUAUUAAUGUUGGACGAAUAAGUAAAUGUCACCCUAAAAUAAAUAUCGAUAAGCCAUGUGAGAUCACACUUAAGCCUGAAGAAACGUUCCAUCAUGAACAUUUGCCGAGAGUUAAGGAAGGUACAUCUGAUCUGACCAAGGUACAAUGUUUUGAAGAGACGAUACCAAUGAAAAAGGUACUUGAAUUGGUACUUGAAAAGUUAAAAAUAGACAAUGCUGUUUGGUGUUCUGGUGAGAAUGGCCAGUAUUACCAGGUAUUUUUCACUGUUGGUUCUGGUGAACGUUGUGAAGAGAUACUCAGACAUCUAAAUGAAUCAGGAAUAGGUGUCAGACUGAACUCGGUGGUCAGCGUAAUACCAUGCACACUGCACUAUCAGGGAAAACAACCGACAUCAAUUGAAGACUGUCCAGAUUUGCAGGAAACAGAUGAAUCUAAACAAAAAUCUGCUAAACUCUCAGCAUGGGAUAAGUUUGUGUUGUCAGUACGUGCCAGACUAACAGUCGCACAAGUUGUAGAAGGUGUGAGAGCAGAUGCAAACCUCACCUUUGACUUCCUUGUUCUUCUUGUCCUUUCAGGAAUUGUGGCUGCAUUGGGACUUGCAGAAAACAGCACUGUGAUUUUGGUUGCCAGUAUGUUGAUCUCGCCUCUGAUGGGACCCAUCAUGGCUGGAACCUUUGGCACUGUGAUUGUGGAUAGGCAGCUUCAGAAAAUGGGUGUUCUGAAUGAAUUGAUUGGUUUGCUUGUGUGUCUUGUUGUUGGUUUCAUCUUUGGAUUGGCAGCGGGUUUAGCUAAUGAACACUGGGGAAAUGGUGGUUGGCCUACUGAUGAGAUGAUUGCUAGAGGUCAGAUUAGGUCCCUAUGGGUUGGACUGCUGGUUGCGCUUCCUUCAGGAGCUGCAGUAGCCAUUGCGAUUCUUGUGGACAACACUGCAUCUCUUGUGGGUGUGGCCAUCUCUGCUUCCCUGAUGCCACCAGCUGUGAAUGCUGGAUUAUUCUGGGCAUUAGCAUGCAUGGACAUUCUGUGGCAAGGACGCAUGCAGUUAGAGGAUGAUGAUCCUAAUGCAGUCAAGUCCUACAGUCCCAUCUAUUCAGAAAACCCUCGUGUUGAGCUUCUAGUUCUCGGCACUGUCAGCCUUUGCCUCACACUUGUCAACAUUAUCUGCAUAUUCGUUGCAGGAAUUAUAGUUCUUAAAAUCAAAGAAGUUGCACCUCGUACUUCAAAAGAUCAAAUGCAGUUCUGGAAACAUGACAUCAAGAUUGCACGAGAUUACAACAGAACAUUUCACGGUGAAGAUGCUGAAGAAAUUCAGAAACGCAGGUUAGCAGAAGAAAUUGCCCGCACAAAGUUGCAGUCAAAUCUAAAUGCAGUGGCACCAAAUGUAUAUAGUUUGAGCUGUCAUAAUUCUACAGUUGCAUUACAUGAGGUAUUUAAUCCAAUAGCAACAAGUGAAUCUCUCAAUCAGCUGACUUGGUCUCCAAGUACAGUGGGCAUUAAUCAAGAGAGACGACCAACUCUAUAUGAUCUGGAGAAAAUGUACACAACUAUUUCAACAGCAAGAGGUCAAGGAACUCUGGAUGUGCAGCCUCUUCAGCGUAGAAAACGUAGACAUUCAGGCGGGGUAUUCUGCUUAGGAGGCAGUGAAGUGAACGGUGUCACGUGUACCAUGCCUGUAACUCUUCCUCAAGCCGCAGAUCUAUCUGGCAACACAGUUCUUGCUCUACCCACCAUCACAGAAAGAAACCGUCAACACCUGUUGGGUUCUGACCCCAGCACUAGCUGUUCAUAUCCAUCUAUAUCACCAAAACAGCCAUCAUUAGUAACAGCAGCAGCAGUGCCAUAUGGUGAUAGGAGGGUAUUCACAGUGACCCUUGCUGAAGAUCCGAUAUCAAAUGUUUAGUGAUAUCUGCUUUAGCAUUAUAUUUCUUAAAAUGUAUCAGGAUCAAAAUGUUCCCAAUGAUUCAAUUCUAUCUUUUGUAUUAUAUAGUAAUUUUAAUAACAUAUACUGUAGUAACUGAGUGUUGAAGAAAGUAAUAUAACCAAAUAAAUAAUUUUUGUGGGAUCACAUACAAAUUUGUAUAUGAAUUUAAUAGAUAUUGCAUAAAUUAUGUAUAUAUUUCAAAAUGUUUAUGUAUAAAAUAAGCUAUACACUGUUUGUAUUUUGAAGUUAUUUGAAAAUAUUUUCCAUAUUCAGGCUAACCGGUAAAGUCUGUAGAUUUCAGGAAGUUUUCUUAAAACAAUAUCUUUUGGUCUCUCUAGUAUGCAGCCAUUUGUAAUUCCAAUUCUCUGUGGUGGUUGUGCUAGUUUCCUUUAGGUAUAUCUCAUAUUUUAAGUGAAAACUUGUUAGCUCUCUCCACUGACCAAGAAUGUUCUCCAUUAUGAAUUUUAGUAACAGUCAGUAUGUGAAAAUUCACACUAUUAUCACAUACACAUUAAAGUUUUUCUGUAAUUAUACUAUCAAACAGAGACAUCUGGUUUGCAUAGAGACUAGUGAGUCCCCCCCCCCCCCUUUUAAUGGGGCUAUUAAAUACUUGUUGGAUUAACAAAUGUUUUACACAAAAGUUUCAAAAUUUGAGUGUAUGUGUUUUAUAUAUAAAUUGUUUUUGAGAAAGUGGCUGCCAUACCUGAAAUAGACAAAGCCUUGUAUCAAAAUGGUGAAAUGGAUCUUACUUAUAAUUUUUGAAAAAAGUGAUCUUUUGAAUUCUAUUGUGUAUUUUUAAUUUUGUAUUAAAACAAUUUUUUUUGGGUGCAAUAUGAACUUAUUGGGCGCAUUCUAUUGCCUUUUACUCAUUGUGAUCCAUUAAGGGAAAAUAUUAAACAUGUUAACUUCAAGAUGGCUGAAUUUCCAUUUGCUGGCCAUAUUUCAGAACCUGUGAAACCACUACAUUGCAACAUAACCCAGUGAAUUUCUUUGUAAAACUUGUUCAGAUAGCAGAAUUAAUAUAUAUUUAUGGCUUGUU